CAAGCCAUUUUCAUUAUAUUUCGAGCUGGAGCUGGUACUUUCAAAUUUCUUGAUAUUUUAAAACAUUACUACUCACAAACCACUAACGAAAAGGAGCACCAUGUGUUUCAAUGAACUGGAGGGGCGCUCCCUGCUCCCUGAUUGCCACAUCGCAGACCGGGUGUUCCUCUAUUCGUUGCUGCAUUCUAUGCAGGAACAGGAUCGUCGGCCGGAGGAUGUAGAUGCCGAGUUGCGGGAUCGCUACAAUGUGUUCCGCGAGAUGCUGCCCAACUACCCGGUGCCAGAAGUCCGCAUCGCAGGGAUCCCAUCUUAUAUCGAAGGACAUCAGGAGGAACCGGAUACGGUAUGGGUCUGCGCGAACCCAGAUUGCGAAAGGACCAGUGAUUCCAGCCUGGACAGUGAUUCCGAUGAGGAUCGUAGUUCCGCCAACAGGAUAGACUGACUAAACUCGGAUGACUCGUGGUCAUCGUCCAGAUAAAUUUGAAUAGUGAAACUUUUGUUUUUCGUUAAAUGUCUGCCAAAUGCCGUUAAACGUAACGAAAGUAAAAAUUUGGCCGUUAAAUGUUUAACAA